GGGAAAUCCCAAAUGUUAUAUUUGUUCAGAGCAGAAAGUAAACGGGAAGUAAAACAGAGUUGAUGUAGUGGACAGCCAGUCAACUAAUGCACGCCAUGUUUCCACGUUUAUUUAGCCGACAAAAUCAUUUAUUAUUCAGAAAUUUGUGUGAGCAGAGUUUGAGAAGCUAUCAAGAUGGGUUUACGAUUAGUCGAUUUGAUCAUAUUGUUAUAACGGUUAAAGACAUCAACAAGACAGUAGACUUCUAUACACGUGUACUAGGAAUGGAUGUCACAACGUUUAAAGGAGGAAGAAAAGCGAUGACAUUUGGUCAACAAAAGAUUAAUAUUCAUGAACAUGGUAAAGAAUUGGAACCUAAAUCAUUUACGCCUACUCCCGGUUCAGCUGAUGUAUGUUUUAUAACAGAAACAAAACUAGACAAAGUUAUACAACAUUUAAAGAGUUGUGAAGUGCCAAUUUUAGAAGGACCAGUGGAACGUACAGGAGCAAUAGGGCCAAUAAUAUCCGUAUAUUUCAGAGAUCCAGAUAAUAAUUUAUUAGAAGUUUCAAAUUAUCCUGAUGAUAUUAAAAGUUAAUAAUAUAUGUUGUUAAUUUUACUAUACAUGCUUUGUAUAUGAAGAUAUUGAAAGCUAGGGUAACCCUAUGAAGAUAUUGAAACUCAGUAUACAAGACGUAAUACGGAUUAUAACAUCUGAAGACGCCUAGCUAUAUCUAUAUAGCUGAUGAUUUGAUGUAUAUCAAAAUGAAGAAAUAAAUAUGGUAGAUUUCUUUAA